GACUUCCUCCAGUGAGAAUUCGAAGGGGAACUCGGGUUAUCGGGGUUUUUUUUGGCAGAUGGGUAACAGCUGAUAGUUGUUACCGAGGUGGAACGCUUUUGGGGACGUUUCUGGUGGGAACGAUCGCGCUGCCAUAUAAAUACUCGAUAUGCGGGUAUUAUUGGCUCAUUACACACUAAUUGACCGUCCAUCAAGCAGCAGUUGCCUCGAGGUAGUCCGACCAGUAGAAAUAAAAGAUUCACGCGCAAAACCAUGUUUACUAAGGUGUCCAUCGUUGCAGUCUGCAGCAUGCUCGCUGUAGCUUCCGCCGAGCCACAUGUCUUCACGCCCGUCGGUCCUGCCGUUGUUACUGCCCAAAGUUCCCAGGUGUUCGCCCGGACGUAUAACGGUUUCGUGCCCUUCGCUGUGCCUGCUCCAGUACCCGCUCCAGUGCCCGCUCCGGCCUACCACUUCCAUACACCUGCCUUCGUUCUACCUGCGCCUCCAGCUCCUGUCUUCUAUCCGCAGCCCGUCGUCUACAACCCACCGACGGCAGUGCCAGUUCCGGUCCCGGUUCCGGCUGCUCCGGCUGCCAUAUUGCCGACGGUGGUGGCCGCUGCUCCCGCUGCGAAGCUGGUGACCGCUGCACCGGUGGCGAAGGUUGCAAAGCUCGUACGACCCGCUCCCUUCCAUGCCACCUUCCGCUAUCGGUCCGUCGUUGCCUAAUCGGCCUAAUGUGUGGAUGUGCAAGCGAUGCGUGUGGUGGUGGCCCCAGAGGCAAACAUGUGAUUAAGUAGUGCUUAAGCUGAUCAGUGACAUAGACUGCAAUCGAAUGGCACAACUUCCUUUGCCGGAGCGGCACGGCAAAGUGGUACGCUAUUGCUGUAAUAAAUGUACAGUUCCAUCUGUAACUGUCGAAACAUAUAUGAGGUGUUUGUUUAAUUAUUUUAGUUUCAGCGUUGUAUUACUGUCCAUUACACAUGCUCUUUAUGAGU